CCACAGGGCAGCGCCUCCCACAGUGCCAGAGGCCGAGCAGUGGCCCAAGUUUGGGGCCGCGCUGCCAUGGCGGUGGUGGGCAAGGCGGCGGGAGCGGCCUACGGCCACAGCGAGAGUGGCGGCGGCGGAGGCGGCGGCUUCCUGGGGCCGCGGUUGCCGGCCGAGGUGGAGGCGAUGGCCCGCGGCCUGCAGGAAGUAGGCAAGGAGACCUUCCGCCGCCUGCUGAAAGUCACUGUGAAUGCAUUGGAAGGAAAAGACUGCAAAGAAUCAGUCAAGCUGAUUGCAGAAAGCACCGACCUCUCUGAAGAGCAGCUUGCUUUCCUCAUUUCUGGCAUGUACACCCUUCUUCGAGAAGCACUGAGACUCCCCUUAUCGACUUUCAAACAAGAAGUUUUUAAGGAAGACCUGAAGGAGCUCAGGUAUGCCUGGAUACCAGAAGAUUUCAUCACAGACUUUUCCAGUAUUGUCUUUGGUAACAGGCGUCCUGUUUCUGAAGGCACAGCUCUGGCACAAGCAAGUAGGCUGCCAAAUGUCCAGGACUUCAAGUGGAGAGUGGAUGUGGCUAUAUCCACAAGUUCACUGGCCCGUGCUCUUCAACCAUCCAUUUUAAUGCUGAUGAAGCUUUCAGAUGGGACAGCUCAUCGCUUUGAAGUACCGGUUGCAAAGUUUCAGGAGCUGAGAUACAACGUAGCCCUUAUCCUGAAGGAAAUGAAUGAUUUGGAGAAAAGAAGCAUACUGAAAAUCCAGGACUGAACACUUCUGAGCUGGGAUGUUAGCAGAACAGAUGUGAAACCUUCAGUGAAUUUGGUGAAGGGUAAAGCGUGGGACCAUCACCACUUUGCCUGUCUUGUAACUGCCAUGUAGCAUUUAUUAUGUCUGCUGUAAAUAUUUUUUCAAUUCAAGUAUUAAAAGCACAAGCUUUUUUCUUAAGACUUAGAAAAAAAAACAAAAAAAUAUAUUGAUAAAAAAGCAUAAUCCUAUUUGCAAGAAUUUUUUGCAUGAUUCAUCAAAACAUUUUUUAAAUAACUGUCUUAAAUGUAAGAACCAUUUCUUCCCAAUUAUGAUUCAUCACUCUAAUUAUUUUUGAAAGCCUGCUACCGGAAGCACCAUCAGUGUGUAUCAGAAGAAAGCCCUGCAACGUGUCAAAUAAAACAUACAACUACUGUUGUGUUGUAGUAUGACAAAUGUGAAUUUGCAUUUGAGUUUGGCGUAAGUAAAAUUGCUGUCUGACUUCUUGAUAAGUGACUCAAGUGUAGGUACAUAUAUUUAAAAACUAAUUUUGAAGAAAAGUGGGAGUCUGAGAAAGAAGUAUGGAUUGAGCUAAUUGAGCGGUAUUGCAAAAGAGGAAAUGUGUAAUCUGAGUCUUUACCUGGAUGAUCACUAUGCACUAAACAGGACUAAUCUUGUAGAUUUCUAAGUGGGAAUGCCUGCUUUGUUUCACGUAUUUCCCAUGUUUGUCAGCUGAAUUGUCUGAGACUGAAUUGUCUGAGCCUUAUUACAGGGCAGAAACCUCUGGCACGGUGAUGAUAUCCAGCAGCAGAAGACAGGAGCCUUGUAGAUCACUACAGCUAAUAUACUUCUUAGCAGCACAAGCCAGACCCCAGGAUGAGGAGGCUGUAUGCAGUCCCUGGGAUGAAAGUCAGAGGUGAAAGCAUAUCCAAACAAUACCCAGGUCAAUAAAAUAGUCCAGAAUGGGCUGAAGGCUCCAUUGCUCCAUUUGUAAAGCUUGAAAGAACUCCCCUAACUGGAAGCUUAUGUUUUAAGUCUCAUUUAAACUCAAUGGGACCACAAAUAUGUCCCUAAGGGCGUUGCUAAGAAGGGAUGCAUUCCUGAGUCUGUGCCUGGAAGAGUUUUCCCCCAAGAGUAAGGACAUGGAGAUUGAACAGCUAAACAGCACAGCUCAUGGGCCUUGGCACAGGGUUUCCCCACCUGUCGCAGGUAGUUGAGAACACAUAUACCACUGCCAUUGUCAAGCAUUGGAUUUUCUAGCUGCUUGCUGAGGCAGUAGUAGUGCCACCCAUACUUCUCUUGUUCGUCUUGUGUAGAACUUGCUUUUAUUGCUCUCAUUCCUGGAGGAAAAGAAAAGAAAAAAAAGCUACUGAAUAUGACAUCAUGGAUUCAGGAGGACUUUCACACUUCCAUGUGUGUUUUUGUAGGAAACUUGGCUCUUGGAUUUUACAAACCACAACAGCCACAAGAUAUUAUUGUCCUGCUUUUUAAGUUGAGUCUUCUCUGAUGGCAGUGCAUACCAACGUACCUUAACUGCUCUGUGUAGCUCACACCAAAGCAAAUAAAAACAAAUUAGCCCCUACAA